AUGUCAUUCACGAAUGCGCCCGUGACGCGCGCCCUGGUCAUUGGUCUUGUGUCGAGCUCCGUCGUCGCGAGUUUGUUUGAUGUGAAGCAUUACUUCUACAUUCUCGUGGACUCGCAUUUCUGGCAGUACCGUCAAUUCUGGCGAAUGCUGAGUUAUCAGCUAUGUUACACAAACUCGAGCGAGGCCUUGUUUGCCUCCAUGACCCUCUAUCAACUGAGGAUUCUUGAGCAGGUCUGGGGAUCGAGAAAAUAUGCUUCCUUCAUUGUCGUCUCUGGCCUCCUCACAGCUGUCAUCCCGCCAUUGCUUCUGACAGUCUUCCUUCGGCCGCUGACAGCGGGACUUUUCAACUACAUGCCGGCUGGUCCGACUCCCAUCAUCUUCGCCAUACUCGCCCAAUACCAUGCCAUUAUCCCACACAUCUAUCGAUAUCGGGUCGCUACGUCGUCUGCCAACCCCUCGGGCGACUCUUUCACAGGCAUCACCUUGUCAGAUAAGUCGUACAAGUACGCACUCGCCCUGCAGCUGGCCCUGUUCCAGUGGCCGGGUUCGGUCCUCGGUGCGCUGGUGGGAUGGGUCGUCGGACACUCCUGGAGGAACGAUCUCCUCCCUAGUGCCAUGACGAGGUGGCGCGUGCCUGGGUGGCUCGUAGGCAUCAGAGCACAGAGGAGGCGCGACGAGUUUGAAGGGCUGAGGAGGAGGCUGGAGGGCGAAAACACAUCUGCCACGGCCUCAGGGGUUCAGGCUCCGGUCGAGGGAGGAGAGGGCAGGCAGAGGACUGUUCCUCAGGAGAUGCAGGACCAGCUGCGAGGGCUCAUGUAG